AUGGGUUCGUCCGAUACUUCAUCGACGACGAAUGCACCAACGGCCCCUUCCUUCCCAACGGACUUCUUGAGCGCAGUGCCCAUUUUCAACGGGGAACACUUCUCCUCAUGGCGUUUCAAGCUCAAGGUGUAUAUGAUGGAGCGCGACUUGUGGGGAUUCUUCGAUGGGUCGGCAUCGAAACCCACUUCGGAUGCUUCAACGGCGGAAAAGGAAGCGUGGGAGCGGAAGGACAAAAAGGCGUUUGCCUUUCUUGUCUCCAAGCUAAGUCUCCAACUCGUCCCUAUCGUUAGUCCGUGCAUCGACCGUGGCAGCGCGACUCGUGAAGCGUGGAAGCGACUCGAAAAUGAGCACGUCUUCAAGUCGCUAUAUAGUAAGCUUCCAGCGCGCCUCGACUUCUUCACCUUGCGGAUGAAGGACGACGAGUCAAUGCGCGCGUACGUCAACCGCGUGGAGGAGCUUGGCGAGUGUAUGGUGGAACUCGAUGUAAGCGUGGAGGACAACGAUUGGAUCAUGACGCUCCUCGCGGGCCUCGGUGAAGCGUGGUCAACCGUGAUCACGAUGUUGGAUGGGACGCAAGACACGUGGAAGAAGGAGCAAGUGGUGGCACGCCUCAUCAACGAAGAGGCGAGGCGAACGAAAUUGCAUGGCGAUGCAAUCGGCGCGGCACACUUCUCCCGCAAUGCGAAGGCGGCGCAACGACGGCAACAACCGCGGGAGCUCGAACGGGAGCGUGGCGGCCUCAAGCUCAUCACGUGGAGGAUCGGCCAACGCCAAUCGAGCUCGCGCGCGCGAUAG